AUGGCCUCCAACCUCCUCCUCCUCCUCCUUUUCUUCAAUGCCGGCUUAAUACUGACAAGCCUUCCAUCCACAACUCCGGCCACCCCCAACCAUUUGAUGCAAUCAGAGUUUAUGCCUGUAGGGUACACCUUUACAUACGGGGAAUACAAAUUCGCAAUGCAAGCAGACUGUAACGCCUAUUUUAGUAAUAAAACGCUUACAAUAUGGCAGACAAAUUUAAAUUAUGAUGGAGCAAGAAAUCGUUGUCGUUUGGUAAUACUGAGUAAUUGUAACAUAGUCAUAUUGUCAGACUUCCUUGGGACGGUGCUAUGGGGGAGUGACACCCAGCAGGACGUCGAUACUGCUUGUUACAUCGAAGUCACAGAACACCUCAUCCUCUACAAAGCUGACAGAACCAUGCUUUGGGUAGACGGCCAAAAAGUUGGCGCGCUUAAUAAUGUUGGUGCAAAUUCUCGCGUAUGA